CACAGCCUGCCCGCCGCCACCAGAAGCCCCUCCGGAGCUCCAGCCUGCCCCCCCUCCCUCCCCAAACUGGACUCCAUACCGCUGUCCCGGCGCGAACCCGCCUGAGCAGACGAGCUCCGACUUCUAGCAAACAGUCCAACUUUUAUAGUCAAACUGUCCCGGAGCUGCUGCAUCGGACUACUUUUUUUUCUUCUUCUUCUUUCUCGAUCUCUUUCUUUUUGCCCCCAGUUUUUGGCCCCGUAGCGGGGCAGGACAGUAGGACUAGGCCGGGGGCAGAAAGGCGACCGUAUGAUGUGGAUCUGGUACCUCCUGCUGGGUUCGGGUUCAGGCUCCAGAACUGUCGAGAGCCAGCUGCUUCCAGGGAGCAACUUCACCACAGAGUGCAACAACCCCGGGAACUUCAUGUGUGGAGAUGGGAAGUGUGUCCCGGGCGGGUGGCAGUGCGACGGACUGCCGGACUGCUUUGACAAGAGUGACGAAAAAGGCUGUCCUAAGGUCAAGUCAAAGUGCGCCCCGACGUUCUUCGCCUGCGCCAAUGGCGUCCACUGCAUCAUCGGACGCUUCCGCUGCAACGGCUUCAGCGACUGUCCUGACGGGAGUGACGAGGACAACUGCACAGGCAACCCGCUGGUGUGCUCGGAGGCUCGCUUCAAGUGUCGGAACGGCCGCUGUGUCGACCGCAGCUUCCUGUGCAACGGACAGGACAACUGCCAGGACAACAGCGACGAGGAACUCUGCCUGACGACUGCAGAAGCUCCUGGCCAGGACUUUGUGACUCUGGACUACCGUCUGCGGUACUACCCCAGCAUCACCUACGCCGUCAUCGGCAGCGCCGUCAUCUUCGUCCUGGUGGUGGCGCUGCUGGCCCUGGUCCUCCACCACCAGAGGAAGCGGAGCGUGCUGCUGCCCAGGGGCGUCAGAGGGGUUUCGCACCACCACCACCACCACCAGCCCCUGCUGCUGUCCCGCCUGGUCAUCCUGGACCGGGGCCACAUUCACCCCGGCGGUCCGGGCCUCUCGCCCGCCUCGCCCACCGCCGCAGGCCACUACAGCUCCGCCACGCCGGCGCUGCAGCUCCUGUCUGGGAGCCUGGGCCCCUCCGGGCUCUCCAUGGACUCGCCGCCGUCGUACUCACAAGCUGUUCUGGAUGCCAGCCGACCUCCCUGGUUCGAUCUGCCUCCUCCUCCUUACCUCCCGGAUGGGGAGCUUCCUUCGGAGGGCGAGCUUCCUCAGUACGAAGGCCCACAGGACCGCCUGAGCCCGCCCACGGCUCGUCCUUCCACACCCGCCUCAUCCCACACACCCCCAACACCCAGAACUGUGGCGCCGGGCUCCAGAGAGGAGUCGGACCAGCUGUAGCUGCUCUGCUCCAGACUGACGGGUGAUUCAGAGGCAGCGGGACGCGAGGACCAGGCUGCGGGGCAGCGUGAGGACGGGACGGGCCCCCACAAACACCUGCUCCAACCCAGAGACUCAGCCCUGUCCUGAGGACCUGGACUGGGACUGCAGUCUGGAGACUCUGAGCUUUGAGUGUUGGCGCCCCCUGCUGGGACCAUGGCUGCAUUACACUGUAAUAUCUCCAGUGAUCAGUUUGAUGAAAAACUGUCUGAGAGGCCUUCAGUGGCCACAGCCGCCAUCCCCAAAGAAGUAGGAGUCAGUCGCUCAUUUGUUAACAUGUAAUGUUUUAACAUGAGUGUAACUGUUGAUUUUUUUUCUCCUGUGUGCAGCAGCUGAAGAUUUUAAUCAGUCAUUCAUCAUUUUCAAAAUUCCCAAAUCCCAAAAACCUAGAAUGUUACAAAAAGUUUAAUUUUGAAUUCCACUUUAUACUUUAUUAAAAAAAAAAAAAAAAAAAGAUUGUAAAAUACUGAAAAUAUAGGUCAUGAUUUCGAUAUUUUUAAGGAUUUACUACAAAAUUGUAGAUGUAAUAAACAAGCAGCUCUAUUAUUGUGUAAAAUAUUAGCAUGGGUAGUCAAAGUUUAAAAAAGUAGUAUGUUAAAUUUAAGAUAUUUCCUUCAGAGGAUGAGCAGGUUUCUUUUUUUCCAGAUGAUCUCUUGACAUUUGGAUAGAUUCCUGCUAAUAAUGUGAAGAGGACCAGUCACGUUUUCUAAAGUAAUGUUGAACAAAAGUUACACAAGUAUUAACUUUGAAUUUCUAAAGUCAUUCCUUCAGCAAAAAUUAAAAAAAAAACCUCCUUUGGUAAAAAUACUUUGAUUACAUUUCCAUCUGAGACCAAGAAGUCUUUUAUGCAAGACAAGAAGAGAAAAAGUAAUUUACCGAGGCCUUAAUUCAGUCUAAGUGCCUUUGUGAAAGAAGUGAGGUUAAUCAGAAAAUCACAAGCAGCCUGUAAGACUUUAGAGUUCAGUGCGAUGUAUUAAAAUAUGACAGCUUUUCAUUUAAAUGAAACCUUUGUCAGUAGUUUCAGGCAUUGAGUGAAAGGUCCGUUUGUUCGUUCAUUUUGUUCAACACUGUACAUUAAAAUGUAGAGAAGGUCAAGAGUAUUUAAAGUAGAAUUUAGUGACAGCUGGAAGUGUAAAAAAAAUGUAGUUGUGCUUUUUUAUUCGGAAUCCAGAUACGAUGUAGGUAGAAAAAAAAUCAAACCAAAGAUAGUACUUUGAAGCUUUUUCUAUAGAUGAAACCCCCGAACCUAUCUAUGAAAGAAACAAUCAUAUAUUUCUUCUUUGUUUCAUUAAAAAGUGAAAAGAU